UCAAAAGUGAACUCUGAUGUAACUGCAUCGCUUAGUUUCAGCACUUUUCAAACUAGGAAAACACAUCAGACAAGAGACAGCUCAGCACACAACAGACAGCUCACCAGACAAGAGACAGCUCACCAGACAACAUCUGCAAGAAGCCACAAUGAACAGGCAAAAUUCUGGAGCAGGACUGGUGACCGGCCCGCCUUACACCACUGAGCUUAUUGCCCUGCGUGAGGCCUUUAAAUCCUUGCAGACCAAAAAUAGCAAGCUCAAGGAGGAUGCUAAUCGACUGCAGCAACUCCUGGAAGAUGAAACAAAAGUAAAAAUGGAGGCACAAAUGAAACUAAAAGAAGUAAAGAAAGAAUUAGAAGCAGAGAGGAAGGAAAAACAGCGUGCAGAGAAAAAUGCAGAGGAUAUAAAAAGAAAACUGCUGGAGGUACAAGAAGCCCUGGAAGAAGAAAUGAGAGGAAGACAGGAGGCAAGCAGCACAUUUGGGGAAAUAAAGAAAGACGUAUUAGAAUUAGUGAAAGUAUUGGAAGAUGCAGAAAAGGAGAGUUAUGUUUCAAAAAUUGACUAUGAAAAUGCAAAAAACAAAGUAGAACUUGUUAGUAAGGAACUUUCAGAGGUGAGGAGCACUUUAGAAGAGGAGCGAAGAAGACGAGAGCAGGCAGAGGAGGAAACACAAACUAUAAAAAAUAAACUGUUGGAAAUGCAGCAUAUGCUAAAAGAGGAAAAAGAGGGAAAACUAACAGCCAAAAAAGAACUGGAAAAUCUAAAUAAGGACUUGUUGGGAUUCCAAGAAGCACUGGAAGAAAAGAGACAACAAAUUCAACUAGCAAGAACAGAAAUAGAAGACCUGAAACAAGAUUUAUUGGCAACACAACAGGAACUAAUGGACGAGAAACUAGACAUUUUUAUAGAGACAUCCCUGGAGGAGACUGAAGACACAGAAAAAGGAUUUAAAGCAGCUUUGAAACAGCUGAAACAGCAGCACAAGGAUGCCAAAAAGACUUUAAAACAGAAAAAAAAAGUGGCAAAAAUGAAGCUGAAAGCAAAAGUCAAAGAGGGAGAGCAGAAAAUAAUUAACAGACUUAAAGAGCUAAAGAAGGAACAGAAGAAGAAAAAAAACUAAGAAGAUGUGAAUUCACCUUCCUCCUUCUCCUCAUCUUUCCCUCCCUCUCCUCCUACCACCCCUUUCUCUUUCCCACUCCUAAUCUUCCAUUCCUCCUCCCUUUCUUUCCCUCUCUUUCCCUCUAUGUCUACAUCUCCCUGUUUUCCUUCAACUUUCAUAUUGUUCAGUUGUUAAAGUUCCAGUUUUAUUUAGUUAUUAAGUUUCAUAUUUUUCAGUUUUUAAGUUUCCCUUUUUUGAUUGUUAAAGUUCAAAUUUUAUGUACUUAUAAAGUUUCAUAUUUUUCAGUUGUUAAGUUUCCUUUUUUUGGUUGUUAAAGUUCCAAUUUAAUUUAGUUAUUAAGUUUCAUUUUUUUUAGUUAAGUUUCUUGUUUUUGGUUGUUAAAGUUCCAAUGUUUU